GAUCAGCAGUAAAGCAUCUGUGGCCACAGGGAAGAGCCAGACUACUAAAGCCUAGCUCUCCAUUGUCUCUCACUCUGAACAAAACCAGCCAGGGCCUCUCCCCGCCCCCCAUGUGACCGUCUGAAUGUGCCCUGAUCAGCAGUAAAGCAUCUGUGGCCACAGGGAAGAGCCAGACUACUAAAGCCUAGCUCUCCAUUGUCUCUCACUCUGAACAAAACCAGCCAGGGCCUCUCCCCGCCCCCCAUGUGGAUGAGACCGGGCUGAAGAGAGAGCAGAGAGGGGCAGCGCCUGGCUGGAUGGAUGUAAGUUAGAAGAUGAUGACUGAAGAGGAGACUAUUUCCUGUGAUGUCAUCAUGACAGCUGUCAAAGAAGACUCACAUGAGAGGAUCAUGUCCAGACAAGACCAAGAGGAAAAGCUCACUAUUACAGACUGGUAUAGUAUGUGUGUGACUCUCCAGCAGCAGGAGCUGAGGCUGUCUGAGGGCUCUUACAGGCCUCCAGGCCAAGCCCAGUCCUUCCUGGCCCAGCAGAGGCAGUCCACCCAGGCCAGGAGCAGGAGAGGCAUGGGGCUCUCUCCCAAGCUACAGCCCAGAUAGGAGGGAGAGAUGGAGGGAGAGAUGGAGGGAGAGGUCCCUCUGUUGGGGAGGGUGGGAUUGACACUGGCUGUUUAAAAAAAUCUUGGAUGUUAAAAAUAUAUAUUUUAUGUAACAUUGGCGCCACCUGCUGGUCAAAUGGUAUUGGUGUUCGUUUUUUGUCCAUCUCAGUUUGAAUUUAAAAGUCUAAGGUAUAGAUAGGACAGUAAAGGACCAUCACUAUUACAAUGUGUUGCCAAUGGAUUUUUGCGCUUGGAAUAAAAUAUCAACAUGA